AUGCGUCCCCUCUCGCUGAAGACAGGCUCCAGUGGCGAUGGAGCCAUGCCUUCUGAUGCUCUGGAACCCAUCGCUAUCAUUGGCCUAGCCACCCACUUUCCAAAGCAAGCAACAACCACUGAGGGUCUGUGGGAGCUUCUCCUACAGGCCCGCUCGACGUGGUCAUCGAUACCCAAAGAACGCUUCAACUCAGAUGCCUUCUAUCAUCCAGAUCCCGAGCAUGGUGGAACGUUUCAUGUCCAAGGAGGUCACUACCUCUCAGAAGACCCCGCCUACUUCGAUGGCUCCUUCUUCAAUAUUACCAAGAAUGAGCUCCUGACAUUGGAUCCGCAGCAGCGGCUGGUACUCGAAAAUGUCUACCACGCCUUGGAAAAUGCUGGCAUUCCAUUGACCAGUGCUGUUGGCUCUAACACAUCUGUUUUUGUUAGUGGAUUCAACCAUGACUACCUGGGUAUCCUCAAUUCAGACCCAGAAACCACUUUAAAAUACAAACCCACAGGUGUCACCAAUGCUAUUCUGUCUAACCGUGUCAGUUGGUUCUUUGACUUCAAAGGACCCAGCAUGACCAUUGAUACGGCUUGUUCUAGUAGCUUGGUGGCGCUGCACCUCGCUGUACAGAGCUUACGUGUCAACGAGACAAAUAUGGCUGUCGUCAGUGGUGUGAGCAUUCUUGAAAACCCCGUGGAAACCAUCGGCAUGAGCCACCAUGGUUUGUUGGGACCUCAAGGGCGAUCUUUCAGCUUCGACUCCCGUGCCGAAGGCUAUGCGCGAGGCGAAGGCGUGGGCACAGUUGUAGUGAAGCCUUUGAGUGUCGCUAUCAGAGACGGAGAUACCAUCCGUGCGGUCAUUCGAGAGACGGGAGUCAACCAGGAUGGCCGCACGCCAGGGAUCACAGUUCCCAGCGCAGAUGCCCAAGAAAGACUAAUCCGUGAGGUCUACUGGAGAGCCGGCCUGGAUCUCGAACACACAAGAUUCGUUGAAGCCCAUGGCACGGGAACAAGCACCGGUGACCCUAUCGAAGCGGGCGCUCUUGCAAGAGCAUUCAAAUGUCGCCGAGAGACUCCGCUUUACGUCGGGGCGAUCAAAUCUUCCAUUGGGCAUCUGGAAGGUGGCUCAGGUGUGGCAAGCCUCAUCAAAUCUAUUCUAAUACUUGAGUCUGGGAUUAUACCUGCAAACUUUGAUAUGACGCAGACAAAUUCCUCCAUUCCUGCAACUGAGUACGAUAUUGCAUUCCCUACCGAGGCACUUCCAUGGCCAUCUCCGGGGCUGCGAAGAGUGUCAGUCAACUCAUUUGGAAUUGGUGGCACCAAUGCUCACUGCAUCCUUGAUGACGCCUACCACUAUCUGAAUGACCACCGCAUUACAGGCGCCCACCGCACCACAUCCACUGUUCCUACAACACAGAAAAUCAACAGCCAGCUCUUGGCCCUGUGUCGAACAGGAACGGAAUCAAAUCAUUUCGUGACGGAUUCAUUCGAUGACAGCGAUCACUCUGGACAUGGUAAUACCUUUAUGGACACACCCACAAGCGAUGGCUUUUGUGAAUCACCAACAUUCGCAUCAUCCACUUACACUAGCUUGAUCGAAAAACCAAAGCUGUUCUUACUCUCGGCUUUCGACGAAGAGGGCGUCAAGCGGAACGCAGCUGAAUUAGCCAAGUACUUGAACCGAAGAAUGAUGAAGUCAGUUCUGCAUGACUAUCUCCUUGAUGACCUGUCCUUCACCCUGUCGAAGAAACGAUCCCAGUUUCCCUGGAGGAGCUUCGUCAUGGCAUCCUCAGUCAAAGAACUCGCAUGGAACCUGUCAGAAGCGAAUUUUGCCAAGCCAAUUAGAACCGCCAGAGUUCCAGAGGUUGAAUUUGUUUUCACUGGCCAAGGAGCUCAGUAUCAGGCUAUGGGCCGAGAGCUCAUGGUCUAUCCUGUAUUUCAAGAGUCCGUGGAGGAAGCAUCGGACUAUAUCCGUCGGCUCGGUAGUCCGUGGUCGCUACUUGACGAACUCUUGACUGAAAGACAGUCACCCCGAGUCAACUUGCCUGAGAUAGCUCAUCCGCUGUGCACAGUCUUGCAAAUUGCGCUCGUGGAUCUCCUGGCCAGUUGGGAAAUCUUCCCAACUGGCGUAACGGGUCACUCAUCCGGCGAGAUAGCCGCCGCUUACUGCUCUGGCAAGCUGUCCCGCGAAGGUGCCUGGAAGGUUGCAUACUAUCGUGGAUACGUAUCAUCCAAACAGCUUUCCGCAAAUGGAGCUAUGAUGGCCGUGGGUCUGGAUACAUCGCAACUGCAACCCUAUCUGGACUCUGUGAGGAAGGAAAACGCCGGGGAGCUCAUCAUCGCCUGUCGCAACAGUCCCAAAAACAACACCGUGUCUGGAGACGAAGCUAUGAUCGACUGCCUCAAGAGUCUUCUCGAUGCCGAUGCCAUCUUUGCUCGAAAGUUGAACGUCAAGAAUGCUUAUCACUCGGCCCACAUGCAUGCGAUCGCUCAGGAUUACCUUAGUCUGAUGGGAAUGCUUUCUUUUGGAAGGCGACUGGCAGCUCCGCAUCAAGUGCAUAUGUUUUCCACCGUCACAGGACAACAAGUCCAAGAGGAACAUCUGCCUGCACAAUACUGGGUGGACAAUAUGGUUUCUCCUGUUCUUUUCACAAGCGGGUUGGUUGCAAUGACCUCAAACCAAAUUUCCAGUCAUGACUCGAUCGAUUCCACGGAUUCUCUGCGCCUUAUCGUGGAAAUAGGGCCUCACACAACCCUUCAGAGUGCCAUCAAAGAGACAUUGGCCUCGAAGAGCCCCAAGUUGGAAUUCAAGUACCUAGCCGUUCUCAAACGGACAGAUCACAGCCUCAACACUCUACUAACUACAGUCGGCUUCCUAGGUUCAAGUGGAUGUGAGCUAGAUCUUCAUGCUGUGAACCAAGCUUCUUGCUUCAAGGCAAGAAGACGGCCCAGACUGUUGGUGGACCUGCCGCCAUACAGCUUCAAGCAUACCGAGAAGAUUUUAUUUGAGUCUCGACUGAGCAAGAAUCUGCGAACUCGAAAGUUCCCUCGUCAUGAUCUCUUCGGUGCACCUAUCACGGAUUGGAAUCCUGCAGCCCCAAGAUGGAGACAUUUUGUCCGAUUGAACGAAAACCCUUGGUUAAGGGAUCAUAUGGUCACUGGAAAUUAUGUCUAUCCUGGUGUGGGUUAUUUGAUCAUGGCAAUUGAAGCAUCGAGGCAGUUGGUCGGCGAGGCAAAGGUCAUUGGUUUCCAACUACGAAAAGUUAACAUCCGAAGAGCCUUGAUUGUACCCGAUACCAAAGAAGGAAUUGAGGUUUCCUUGGCAAUGGCAACUGUCGAAGACUCGUCAUCGUCGCGAACGUGGAGGCGAUUCCAGAUAACUUCCUACAAUGUAUCGAGCGACCAGUGGACAGAACAUUGCACUGGUUACAUCACCGUCGACCACGAAACAGCUUCCGAUCCAAUUGACAAUGGCCGCGAAGCAGAAGAAGAAAGCCGAGCAUUGGAAUCCGAACUUUUCUGCGCAAACGAGACAUGCGCAAAAUCCAUGGCUUUCAAAUCCACAUACAACAACCUCCAAACAUCCGGCCUCAAUUUUGGUCCUUUGUUCCGAAACCUCGGAGACGUUCGCGCAAGUGCCAGUGGACUUGGUAAGGUUGUUGGAUCAGUUACAGUCCCGGACAUUGCACAGUCUAUGCCAAAGCAGUAUCUACAUUCUCAUCUCAUCCACCCUGCCACAAUGGAUAGCAUGAUCCACUUGAUGAUCGCGGCUGUUCUCGACUUUACCGGAAAGUCCACCCUGGACCAGAUCAGAUUGCCGACUUUCAUACGCAAUGUCUGGGUAUCAGCAGAUUUGAAUUCAGCCCCAGCCCACAAAUUCACAGGACAUGCAACCGUGUCUAUGGUGGGAUCUGAUAAAUUUGAGGGCCAAAUUCAAAUGCUGGAUGAGGAAACAAACACACUUCGCAUCCGCAUGGACGGUAUUGAGCUCACUCCACUGGAGUCUGGUCUUGCUGAAAGUAGUGAGCGAAAAUUGUGCAGCGCAAUUGAAUACAAGCCCGACCUCCAUUUCAUCGACUCAAAAUCCGCCUGUGCACUAACUUCUCUCAAUGCUACCGAUGACACUGAGGCUUUGUACUGGGUGAAGCGUCUUCAGCUUGCAACGAUGCUCUACGUCAUGGAUGCACUGGACGAGCUCAAGGAUAUUGAUGUUAUGAAACUCGAUUUGCACAUGCGAAGAUUCUUUGACUGGAUGGAGCAUAUGCAAGGAUUGCUCGAGCGCAAUGAAAUAAUACAUCUGCCCUACAGCGAAUUCCAGUGCGCUUUUCAAGACGAGGCUCUCAAGGAAGCCAUUGGCAAGGAAAUCGAGGCUCACAGCGCCGAAGGCGCCAUCACAGCCCGAAUGGGCCGCAAUAUUGCUCAAGUCGUGCGCCAGGAGACUAAUCCUCUGCAUCUCAUGUUUGGUCAAGACGCUGUGAUGGAACAGGUGUACAAGGAAGGCCUUCACUUGUAUAACCUGCCGCAGCAUCUACAGAGCCACUUGUCUCUCCUCCGGCACCAGCAUUCCGAGCUGAACAUUCUCGAGAUUGGUGGUGGCACCGGCAGCUUCACUGCUGAAGUCCUGGCCGUCCUUUCUCCAGACCUUGCGAAGAACAAAGGAAGCAUUGCCAGUUACACAUUCACCGACAUUUCAUCCGGCUUCUUCGAGAAAGCAAAACAGCGUUUCCAAGCAUGGUCCGACAUCAUGAACUUCCAAUCGCUUAAUAUCGAGCGAAGCCCUGUCGAUCAGGGACUUCAGCUAGGGACAUAUGACUUAAUAUUCGCUGGCAAUGUCAUCCACGCUACUGCAAACUUGCAGAACGCAUUGCAGAACCUGCGAUCUCUAUUGAAGCCGGGUGGUCAGCUCAUCAUGCAGGAAGGAAUCCGACAAGACUUCCUGUGGUACCCACUUGUUUUCGGUCAGCUUCCAGGGUGGUGGCUAGGCGAUGAGCCAUGUCGCCAGUGGUGUCCCUACAUCCCGGCCGAAGAAUGGAAUCCUCUGCUGCUGAAAGCGGGAUUCUCGGGAAUUGAUGUCGAGUAUCCCAGUUCGAACGAUCCAGAUUUGACAUGGCAGAGUAUUCUGGUUUCUUCUGCCAUCGAAACACCCAAGGAGAAGUCAUCUAAUACUGCGGUUAUCUUGACGUUCGGUACAUUGAGAGCCGAACAAGUCAUUGAAGACCUCCAAGGACUUCUGCCGGAAUUGGGAUACACGAAUAUCCUUGUUAAGGAGCCUGCAGAUGUGAAAAAUUACAUCCUGCCUGAUGCACUUUGCGUGUCAUUGAUGGACUUGGAGUCUCCUUACCUGUUCGAUAUGAACGAAGCGGAAUACCACACACUCAAGAAGAUGCUCAGCGAGUGCCAAAAUCUAUUGUGGGUGACAUGCAAUCCUCUCACACAGCCACACGCAAGUAUGAGUAUUGGUCUUCUCCGAACAGUGCGCUGGGAGCGGGAUGCCGAUGGCUCAAAUAUCGUCACCCUGACAGAGGCGGAGCCUGACAUCACUUUGCCAAAGAGCCUUGCUACAGCUAUCGGCAAGAUUGUCCAGCGGCAAUUUGUGGAUAAACCGGAGAAGGAUCGCCACGCCGAGUACAUGUUGCAGAAUGGUCUCAUACACAUUGGCCGUUUGAACAAGUGGGAGGCGGCAGAUCAGUUUCUUGCUGCACAAUCCUCUCAGCAAGCUCCUCAACUUCAACGCCUCGGUGAUUAUGAUCAUCCCAUUGAGUUGCAGGAGACUGCUGUUAGUACCAGCGAAUACCACUGGGUCAUAGAUAAGGAGCAUGAGAAACCGCAAAAAGACACCGAGGUCGAGAUUGAGAUUCGAGCAAUUGGUCUCUCUUCGAAUGUUUAUGCCGACCGCCUCGCGAAUGAGAUUGCUGGUGUUGUGACCAAGGUUGGGCCUGAAGUCGAAGGCCCGGCCCCGGGUGACAGAGUCAUUUACAUCUCAGGCGACAAAAAGGGUGGUUGUAUCCGAACACAUGGUCGAGCUGACCAAAUGCAGCUCGUGAAGAUCCCCGAUGAGAUUUCGUUCGAAGUCGCGGCCGGUUUGGCUUGGGCAUACGCGACAGCAAUCCAAGGACUCGGGGAGAUAGCACAUCUGGCAACCGAAAACACUAUCCUGAUCCAUACCAGUGUAACGGAUAUCAGUCAAGCGGCCAUUCAAUAUGCCCAGAUGAUCGGAGCUACAAUCUACGCCACUGUAGCAACCGUUGAAGAACGUGAUUUGCUUGUCUCUGAUCACGGUAUAUCUCAAGACCGUAUCUUUUCCAGGAGAGAUCUGAGCUUCGUCAAGGGUAUUAUGCGGUGCACACACAAUACUGGGGUUGACGUCGUCUUCAACGCACUGAGCGGAGAGGCACUCCGGGGGUCAACGGCAUGCCUCGCUCCAUUUGGAGCAUUUGUUGAUGUGUCGAAUCUAGAUCUGCGGUCUGAUACCACAAUUGAGCUGGCCUCUUUACCUCGCAAUGUGAGCGUCCACACCGUCGACAUUCCUUUACUGGCUCAACAUCGACCAAAAUCGGUCCGUCUUCUGCUCAUCGAGGCACUGAGACUGUACUCCGCAAAUAAGAUCGGUCAACUCCACACAACUGUCAUGGACUUUACUCGGAUCAAAGAGGGUAUUCAAACUGCGCAUAGCGGAGAAGCAGUAAAAGUUGUGAUUGCACCUGAUCCGUCCAACAUGGUCCCUAUGGUCCCACGACCUCUCCAGCCUUGUCACUUUGACCCACGCGCCUCGUACGUUCUUGCCGGUGGCUACGGCGGCUUAGGCCGCAGUUUAGCACGAUGUAUGGCAUCUCGUGGUGCGAAGAGCCUGAUUAUCCUAUCUCGCUCAUCAGCUUCAAGCCCAGAGAAGAUGGAAUUGAUUGCCGAUCUCGACAGAAUGGGAUGCAAGGUCCAUUCACUGAUCUGCGAUGUGGCCGAUCUCUCCAACCUCCAACAAUUAUCCAGAGCAGCCUUUUCCAACCUACCGGCUAUCAAAGGAUGCAUCCAAGCAUCUAUGGUCCUGCGGGAUGGCGCCUUCGCCGGACUCUCUUUCGAUGACUGGAAAGCAGCCAUUAGACCCAAAGUCCAAGGUUCCUGGAACCUGCACACAGUCCUACCGGACAACAUGGACUUCUUCAUUAUGCUCUCCUCAGUCGCAGGCAUCUUCGGCAACCGCGGGCAGUCAAAUUACGCCGCAGGCAAUACCUUCCAAGACGCACUUGCCGCAUACCGUGUUUCGAAAGGCAUGCACGCAGCUAGCAUCAACCUAGGCAGUGUAUCGAACGUGGGCUGGGUAGCCGAGAACCGAAACUCGAUGCGCACGCACACAGCCACGUUAUUCGAGCUUUUGCGCGAAGAAGAGGUCCACGCAACGGUUGACUUCCUUAUCCGCGACCAGCAAGACGGUGGAAAUGAAUCAUCGCGCUCACAGCUCAUCCUCGGUCUGCCGACCGCGGAGAUGUGUCGCCAGAACGGAGUGCCACUGCCUACGUACCUGAAUUACUCGAUGUUCACGCACUUCCGUAACACGGCGACUGCGAAGAGCAGUGAGGUGUCUCAACAGAAGACUGUCAGCACUGCUGCGCUUUUGUCGGCGGCUUCUGGCUUCGAGAGUGCUGUCGUUGUUGUGUCAGAUGGGAUUGUUGAGAGACUUGCUUCGCUGCUUGCCAUUCCUUGUUCCGAACUCGAUGCACAGCGCUUCAGCUUUGGCGGCAUUGACUCCCUUGUUGCUAUGGAGUUCCGCGCGUGGAUCGUCAAGGAGCUUAAGGCUGAGGUUUCUUUGCUUGAUAUUAUGGGAGCGGAGAAUAUUAGGGCUUUGAGUGAGAAGAUUGCCGGCAGGAGUCGUUUAAUUGGAGGGUCUGGUGCUUAA